CUCAUGGUCAUGAUGGAGAGCAUGCAGUAAAAUCGCACCAGAAGGGGAUCAUGUCGCGUCGACGACUCGGCGUCGUCGUAAUUGAUGCUGAACCGAUGACAACAAGAUGAUUUAACAAGUGUUCCGCCAUAUAAAUCUUCCCGCCAUAUCUCCUCUUUGCGGAUCAAACACUAUAUUCAUGAUCAACUUCCAUCCUGACUUCUCACUCAUCCUCCAAAUCGACCCCCUCGAACGCAAAUAAUCCACUGGACCAAGACAUGGCUGAGCACAACCACGAUGGAACUGUGUUUCCCGCUCUGCAUAAAUCAGGGGAAGGAUUUACACACAUGUCCCAAGCCGGGCCAGAGAGGACCUUGAAAUCGACUCGGAGGCCGCAGCAGAGCACAUUGUCUUUGCUCAACGCCAGAAUGGGCGGCAUGGAUGCCAGGCUCGAUAAUCUAAGGAAGGCAGUGGGAAGUCUCAAGGAAUCAAUGGCCCCUCUUCUCUCCAAAGCCGAAUUCGAGAGCGCUAUAGAGGAGUGGGAGUACGGGAUCGCUACUGCAAACUUUAAGACCCACACUGAGCUGCAAAACCUCAGAAAGCUUCUCAUUGGCUCUAUGGAUCUACAAAUGGACGAAUGGGGCAUGGUUUCCGCUCAGGUCCUGGAACGAUUGCAAAAUAAUCUACUUAGGCGUUUCGACAAAGUAGAACGCUGCCUUAGAGAGUCUCCUUCCUUGCCAGAUCCAGGGGACGAUAGUUACGACAUUCUCGAGGAGCGGGUCUUCGAAGUCGAAGAGCAACUCCGCGCGGAAAGGGCGGAACACAAAGAGGCCCUCAAGCGAAUUGAAGAUCUUAUUGUUACUACGGAAAGCGCCCGUCAAGCUUCUGUCCAGUCAAUGAUGGACCGUUUGACGUACUCGGACUCUCUCUUGAAGGACAUAGUUCAAACGGUACCCGCUCGAAACAACUGGCCACCACAGACUCGGCUCUCUCCUCCCAGCAGCUUCGUCCCUCCCCAGACUGGCAUUUCUUACGAUACGGCGUACGGCUUGCAUUCUCAGGCCCAGGCUCGAGAGCCUCGUCCGCUUCCGCCUGUCCCGGUCCAGGCGUCGCAAGCAAACGCAGUGUUUGCCAACUACUCUCGCCCUUUCACCUCUCGAUACGUGAUUUAUUCCCCCGGAACCCGGCUCCCGCCGGCUACACGAUCUGUCUCUGAGGGCGUCAGGUCACUCGCGACUGAUCCACGAGCUUAUGCUUCGGUCAAGUCGAACCCAGCCGUUCCCGAGUCUGUCCCUAAUUCGUCCACCCCUGGCUCUUCGGUACCAGCGAUCGCAGUAAGCAAGCCUGCUGGCGUGGUACCCGCUGCUCCUGCGCCUACCCCUCAGGCUCACGAGGCGCCCUCUGCUUCUCCUGCUAGUCCCCAGCCGACAACGAUGCCCGGGAAGACAAUUCCGCUCCCAGUAACACCUGUGCACAAGCCUACCAGUAUGGAACCCCUUGGAUGGCCUCAUGCGCCUCACACGUACACGCGAAAGGUGAUGCCUGCUGAUGCUUCUCUUUUCAAACCGAUGCCCCCCUGGCUACCUGCCGCCAGUGAGCUGCAAUCUCAAGCGGAGGAAGCGGAGGACAAAGCGGAGGACAAAGCGGACGAGGUCAUGAAGGAUGGGGCGGCUGGUGGAAAGACCGACAAGUCUCCUGGGAAUGACACAUCCGAGACGAAGACGCCUGCUCAAAUCAUUUCCCCUGUGCCCGCUUACACCCACAACCUCGAAACCUUGCGUGAUCGCCAGCACAAAGAGCCAGUCUCCUCCGUCUUUGCCUUUGACCAUGACGAGUUCACACGCAAGUACAAGGAUCAACUGAUGGCAACAAUGCCAGAGAGUGUCAAGCUUGAGCCAUCGAAUUUCUUGGUGUAUACCCCCAAGUUCCACCAACCAAAAGGAUUGAGCGAAUCCACUCGUCAAAUCCCCCGAAAGCCGGCGCCGGCUUAUAUCCCUGAAGGUUGGACAGAUGUGUCGCGCGAUAUGAUUGAGAAUCAAGAAGAUUUUGCGUUAGACGACGUCGAGAUGGGAGACGAGGAGGACGCUGUUGAAGAGGACAUGUCGGAGACUGCUACUCUUGCUUCUGCCGACUCUGACGAAGGCUUCGUUGCUGUCCACAACGAAGAAGUGGCUCUGAGCGAGCCCAUGCUGGGAUCCGAGCUCGUUGAGGACCAUAUUGGCGCCUAUGACCGACCCGUCGCUGCCACCCAAGGCGACGAACACUCUGAAUCAUGGGACUUCUCUUCGGAAUGCUCUGACGCUGGUGAUGAAAUGCUCUCCUGGAAUCCUCCUCAAGCAGCGCACCGCUACCUGAUUGGCCUCCUCUCCACACUUCGUCUUUCCAUCAAGAUCAUCAUUUCCGACGCGGCUCCCGAAGGCGCAGAGUCCGAUCCGGCUCGCGUCGAGAGUUUGGAAACCAUCCUCGCGUGGAUCUCUACCCUUAUGAGGAUGACUGUGUCUGACAGUGAAUGGGGAUACUAUACGACGAGGCUCAUGAUGGACAUGACGAAACACUCAACUAGGUGGCCGGAGGAUAGAGAACAGUUGGAUCUUGAGAGGACUAUAGGCGAGAUCAAGGAAUACACGAGGCGCGUUGUGGGGUCGGAUGAAAAGCCCAUCGCUGAUAAGACUCAUGAAGGUGCUGAAAAUGGAAAGAUUCAAUUCGUGAAUGUCGUCGACAAGUAUGGCGUGUCUGACGGGUAG